AUGGAUCCCCGCGACAACCCAUACCUUGCCCAUAUGUACGAGAACGACAGCUCUGGGGGCGGGGAGAGUAAGACCAAUGGGGCUUUAAAAGAUUCCCCGCUAGCAGAUUUUGAAAGGCACAAGUCCACAGCUGCGAUGGCACGGAAAGCAGAGGAUUCGACGGCCAACCCUUUCACAGGAAAACCCGCGUCGAGCCGAUAUUUCUCGAUCUUGAAAACGCGCAGAGGUCUACCUGUUCAUGCGCAGAGAGAUGAAUUCCUAGAGCUUUAUCAACAAUCCCAAAUCCUCGUGUUUGUCGGAGAGACUGGUUCUGGUAAAACAACGCAGAUACCCCAGUUUGUUCUCUACGAUGAUCUUCCCCAACUUCGAAAUAAACUCGUUGCCUGUACUCAACCCCGUCGAGUAGCAGCUAUGUCAGUUGCCGAGCGUGUUGCUAACGAGAUGGACGUCAAACUUGGAGAAGAGGUUGGGUAUAGCAUUCGUUUUGAAGAUAUGACCGGCCCGAAAACAAUAUUAAAAUAUAUGACCGAUGGCAUGUUGCUAAGAGAAGCAAUGCAUGACCCCGACCUUACCCGCUACAGCACAAUUAUCCUUGACGAAGCCCAUGAGCGCACGAUGGCAACAGACGUUCUCAUGGGGUUGUUAAAAGAAGUCGUCCUGCGUAGACCGGAUCUGAAACUCAUCGUCAUGUCCGCGACUUUGGAUGCGCAAAAAUUCCAACGUUAUUUUAACAACGCUCCGCUCUUAGCUGUUCCUGGUCGUACCCAUCCAGUCGAAAUUUUUUACACCCCAGAGCCUGAACAGGAUUACGUGGAAGCCGCCAUUCGAACGGUUUUGCAAAUCCAUGCUGGUGAACCAGAAGGCGACAUCCUUUUGUUCUUAACUGGUGAAGAGGAAAUUGAAGAUACUGUCCGUAAAAUAUCGUUAGAAGUGGAUGAGAUGAUUCGAGAAGCGGAUGCCGGGCCUAUGAAGGUGUAUCCGCUUUACGGUACACUCCCUCCAGCUAUGCAACAGCGUAUCUUCGACCCACCGCCUCCACCUCGCAAAGAGGGUGGCCGUCCGGGAAGGAAAUGCAUUAUUUCCACCAACAUCGCCGAAACCUCCCUUACAAUCGAUGGUAUAGUUUACGUGGUAGACCCUGGAUUUUCCAAACAAAAGAUUUAUAAUCCUCGCAUCCGCGUUGAAUCGCUUCUUGUGUCACCUAUCUCUAAAGCAUCAGCUCAGCAGCGUGCUGGUCGUGCCGGUCGUACACGACCUGGGAAAUGCUUUCGUCUAUAUACCGAAGGUGCCUUUAAAAAGGAGCUUAUCGAUCAAACUUACCCUGAGAUUCUGCGGUCGAACUUAUCUACGACGGUUUUAGACCUCAAAAAGCUUGGAAUAGACGAUCUUGUUCAUUUCGAUUUAAUGGAUCCUCCAGCCCCAGAAACACUAAUGCGUGCGCUCGAAGAGUUGAAUUACUUGGCCUGUCUAGAUGACGAAGGAAAUUUGACUCCGCUUGGUCGUCUGGCAUCAGAAUUUCCCUUGGACCCUACCCUAGCUGUCAUGCUAAUCACUUCUCCCGAAUUCUACUGCUCUAAUGAGAUCCUCUCUAUUACAUCUCUUCUUUCUGUUCCGCAAAUAUUUGUUCGCCCUGCCGCGCAAAGAAAACGUGCUGAUGAAAUGAAGUCUUUGUUUGCACACCCUGAUGGUGAUCACUUAACACUUCUCAACGUCUAUCAUGCCUUCAAAGGUCCAGAGGCGCAGGAGAAUCCUCGCCAAUGGUGUCAUGAUCAUUUCCUAUCUUUUCGCGCUCUCCAAUCUGCAGAUAACGUAAGACAACAAUUACAGCGUAUUAUGGAGCGCCAGGAGAUUGACCUUGUGUCGACGCCUUUCGAAGAUAAAAAAUAUUAUGAAAAUAUUCGCCGGGCACUUGUCGCUGGAUUUUUCAUGCAGGUUGCCAAGAAAGAAAGUCAGGGCAAAAGCUUGUACAGGACAGUCAAGGAUAACAAUGAACCGGUCCUUUUGCAUCCAAGCACGGUACUAAGUCACGAAUCGGAAUGGGUGUUGUACAACGAAUUUGUAUUGACCACGAAAAGUUUUAUCCGGACGGUGACAGCUGUGAAGGGAGAAUGGCUCCUUGAUAUUGCCCCAACAUACUACGAUAUAUCAACUUUCCCUAAAGGAGAAAUUAGAUCUGCUUUACUACGGGCAGCAGAACGUCUGUCACGAAAAGAGAAAAUGCGCUCGGAGACUAGGAAAAGAUAA